UCCCUCACUCCCUCUCUCUCUCUCGCUAACACACACCACUCCACCCCCAACUCAUCUCUCUCUCUUUCCCUCCUCUCUGUCGGUCGGGCGUGUUGCAGCUCCACUCUUGCUCACCUCGUGCUGAACUGCAGUGCGAACGCUGUGUCAAUCCCCUCCAGCUCCAGCCCGUGACCACUGCUACCGCCUCGUCUUCUCCCUGCCAGUUCCCGCCUCACCCAAGCAUCCGACAAAAUGAACAAAACUGCAACGGGAAACGUGACCCACGCCUGGGCUCACCUCCGACAUGCACCAGCGUACAAGGAGAAGAUGAAGGAGCUCUCCAUGCUGUCCCUCCUGUGUUCCUGCUUCUACUCGGAGCCACACAAGAACUCCAUCUACCAAUACGCAGACAUGGAGGUGAAGGAGCUGAACAAGCGAGCCUCCGGCCAGGCCUUCGAGGUGAUCCUCAAGCCGCCGUCGUCCGACCUCUCCCCGGACCGCUCCCCGACUGGGUCUAAGCGCCGCGACCUCUCCCUGGGGGAGAUCCAGAAGAAGCUGGAGGCAGCCGAGGAGAGGCGAAAGUCCCAGGAGGCGCUGGUGCUGCGGCAGCUGGCCGAGAAGCGCGAGCACGAGCGGGAGGUCAUGCAGAAGGUGCUCGAGGAGAACAACAACUUCAGCCGCCUGGCCGAGGAGAAGCUGCUGCAGAAGAUGGAGAUGAACAAGGAGAACCGCGAGGCCCUGCUGGCCGCUCUCAUGGAGCGCCUGCGCGAGAAGGAGAGGCAUGCCAUGGAGGUGCGUAGGAACAAGGAGCUGAAGGAAGAGCUGUCCGGGUGAGAGGGGAAGAUGAGCCAGGGCAAGGGCCAAGUCCAGCUGCCCAGCUGGACAGCUGGCCAGCCCCUGUCCUGCUGCAAGCCCUACAACCUUACCCUGCUGCCCAACCCCCCGCCCCCCAAAGAGGGCAGGGGCUGCUGAGGUCACCCACUCCAUCUCCCCCACUGCCCCUUCCCUGUGAGCGCUGCCCUGCUGCCCUUCCCAAGCCCCACUCACCCCCCCCCCCAACAAGCUGCGGCCUCCCCACUGGGUAGCACUUCACCCAGCGUAUAACGGCACUGCCCACCACCCCCCUCUGACUGCCCUGCAAACCAGAGCCAAUGUUACGCAGUUAUCUUUUCUUUUGAAAGUGGAAGUGAAACAGCUAACCAAAAGUUAUUUUAGAAGCAUACAGAAAGUAAUUAUAAAAAGUACAAAAAAUUAAUUACAAUUAAAGUACGUAACAGCUUGUCAUCAAUCUUUUAAUGUUUUUUUUUUUAUAUAAACUCAGUUGAUAUAUAGGUACGUGUCAUUUAAGCAACCACGUAGCAUUUGGUUGCUGUGUGGUGAACGUGUGUUAAUUUUCUUAGUGCUCACUUCCAAUAUCGAACGUGCAUAGGCGGCGCCACGGUGGGUGGGAGUGGAGGCGGAGGGGUGGAUGCAGGGGGGCAUUGUCUGCCCCCCUCCUCCCCCGAUUUAGCAAACUAGGGAGGGAAACAAACAGACUUCAUCUCACUCUCCAAAAUAAUAUCCCUGUAGAUGGGGGUAGAAGCCAAUUAACAGAAAUUCAUUUAAUUAUCGAACGUGCGUUUCAAUGCUAAAAUUAAAUCUAUCGUGGGUUCAUUUUUCACGCACCGUAAGAGGGGGCUGGGUUAAUAAAGGACGAGGAUUGUAAUCCAAGAUAGGGAUGCAACCCCCCCCCCACUCCCCACAUCUUCCUUUUCCCUUCGGCUACAGCGCCUCCACGUGGACAAAUCUGAUCGCCGUUUUAGUUCCCCACGUUGCCGCAGCGCUGCGGUGACAAUGAAAGGGCACUGCGACAGCACCGCCGAUCUUGCCGAUGAUGUUUGCCAAUAAUCAUGACUCGAUCGAUUUCGUCCAUCAAUCGACGCAGCGAUGAAUCCGCAAAUUUGCGAUGAACCCCCGGUAUUUUUAAAAUGUUUUUUUGUUGUUACGGAUGGACCGAGCGGAUUCGACACAAUUGAUCUCGGUUAACGAUCCACAAUGACCAAAUCUCUGAUCGGUGAUUUUGUCAGGCGUACGAUUUUAUCGCUCUGUUACAGAGCCACCCUCUGGCUCCAACCCCCCCCCCCCCCCCCCAAUUGAUUCUUCAGUGCCCUCACCAAUUGUAGAGUCCCUUUAAGGCUUCUCGCCUACAGCAACGGUGGCGCCGCCCAUGCGAACAUUAUAAUCAUUAGCGUCGUCAUUGUAACAGCUAGAGAACACGUGCGGUAACCGGCAGUGUCGUGCCACGGUUUAAACGGCGCUGGAGGCGUCUGUUGCUGUGUGCGUGUCACUCGCAAGUGAACUGGAUGGCACACCUGGACCUGAACAUUAACUUCAGGUUCAGGAGGUCUGAGCCCCAGUGUAAUAUGUGUGUACGUGGGUGUGCGUAUGUUUGUAAGUGUGUAUGCACACACACUAUUUAUUACCCAAACGUUGGCUUUUGAAAGCUUAGGCACACGAUUACGAACCAUUUGUCAAGGAUUACCACAGCAAUAUUCGUGUUUUGUGUGGUAAUGAAUCAAUGGCAGGUGGGGAGAAGCUGACCACAGGAGGUGCAGGUGUUCUACACACCAAUUCAGUGAAUGAUAAUGUUGUGAUCAGUCAGACCAAAAUCCGCUUGUGGUCAAUCGACAGUUAACGAUAUGAGCCCUCUGCUUUAUGAG